AGACUGUACAUGUUGCUGGUGACCACCAAGACCUCCAACAUCCUGGAGGACCUCGAGACCCUGCGUCUCUUCUCUAGAGUGGUCCGUCUCUCUCUCUGACACUGUUUGCUCCUUCCCCCAGUACUCCUAAUGUCUCUAGAGUGGUCCGUCUCUCUCUCUGACACUGUUUGCUCCUUCCCCCACUACUCUUAGGCCACUCCAAGUUGUUUGCCGGUUUCUGGUCCGCCGCCCGCACCCAUUUCAAGAGAGCGCAGUUUUGGUCAUUAUUCACUAUACAUACCUAUGCUGCGCUUGUGUGUAGCAUUUGCCUGGUUUUGACAGUCUUCCCACUAUGAAUUUUUGUGGUCAUAUUAUUAAGUGUACUAAUGACAUAAUGAGUAAACCCGCCCACCUGCAUCUUGAUUUGAAAAGACUCUGACCAGAAACCGGAAUGCAACUUGGAGUGGCCUUAUUGUCAAUUCUCAUACAAUUUGUCUUCCUUGACUAGCUUCUUAUCUCUCUUCUCCUUAUUCUUCAUUGUAGGUAUCUGUGUUUGUCACCUUAAUUUCGCUUUCCCGACCCCUAUCUCACCUUAGACGAUGUUACAAUCCCUAUCUUGCCUCUAUUUCCCUUCUACUAUCUUUCCAGUCUCGUUUUGAUGCCUCAUACAUUACAGUGCAAGCUCCCUUUUCUCUAUUCUUGUUGCAUUAUUUUCACCACAUGUGCAAAAAUUUCUAUCUGCUUAUGAUAUUUCUCACAUGAUUCUCUUCAUUUCCGUCUCCUAUACCUGGAAAAGAUGUUUUUUUGCAUGUAGCGCAUGAACAGAAGCAGCUACAAAGGUGUGGUUUUCAUUGUUGUAUUCAUCGUGCAUUGCACAUUUGAACGAUAUUAUGCGUAACUGAGUUUUUUUAGCUGAAAUGUACGUACUUUUUCCCGUAGUGGGUCACAUAUAUAAUCUUGCUCAAACUUUUCCUCUUUUCCUUGCUCUAAACUUACAUCUCCCUCCUUCCUUGUGUGUGUGUCAGUGUCCAUCUGCAGGUGACGGAGCGACUGAGUCUGGUGGCUGGGAGGGACGGAGGCCUCCAGUCCAUGGAGAUACUAGGGAUGAUCAUGCUGAGGAUCACAGAGCAGGAAUUCAGAGUUCUGAUGGAUAACAAGGACCAGAGAGGGCUACAGUUUCAGGGAUGCCAAACGGAGGACUGGUGAACGUGUUUCUGUGUCACUGGCAACUGGCAAAGGAUGCUUUCGAGAGUGCACUCCAAUUGGAGCCCACCAACACGACUCUGAAGAACAACAUUGCAGUGUGUACCUUCUACCAGGGAUACCUUCAGGAGUGUACCAGGGAGUUGGAGGGAGUGGUGAGAUGGAGUCCUCCCUCCUCCCUCCAGCCUGCCCUCCUCACCAACCUCACGGCGACCUACGACCUUGAGUCUAGCUCCACCCACUCCAAGAAACUCUCCUUCCUCCCUCUCUUGGGACAACAUGUGGGGGAGGGGUUUCCCCUCUCCUCUCUCGGUCUUUGAUGAGACUGGACA